GUCCGGACACUUUGUGUCGAGAAGGCAAAGUUCGAGGGCCUUAACAUCGUGCAGCCCAAAAUGAAGAGAGACGAUCGCGUCAAGGCUCGCAAGAUGAUUGGCUCUGUUUCCACUGCUCUCCAGAUUGGCAAGAGGAAGGGGUCCACACCACCUGACAUGUGCGCCAUCACCGGCCACAAGCGAGUGCUGGCCUACCAGAAGACCGCUGAAGACAGGCAGAUGAUUUCGAAAGGCCUCAAGGACAACAAGAUCUUGUCUGAGGUUGUCGGCCUCACGCAACAGCAAUGUAACCAAGUUGUGGACGGGACCCAUCUUAUUGAGGUUCCGCAGGGAACUCACGUGUUCAAGAAGGGCGACCUUGGCACUGCCCUCUUCAUUGUGCAGGAGGGUUUGCUCAAGGUGGACUUGGUAACGUUCGAGGUUGUGCUGCGCAUUGGCGACACUUUCGGAGAGCUCGCCCUGCUUUACGACGAGCCGCGCACGGCGACUAUCGAAGCCACGCGCGACUGCAGGCUUUGGGUGUUGCCACGCACCAUGUUCAAGGACAUGCUGCAAAGCACUGCCGUGCUGAAAGCAAAAGAGCACAGCAUGAUGCUCCACCAAGUGCCGGUCAUCCGAGAGCAGGUGGAUUUGGCGCUCCUUUCCGUCCUCGCCGGGGCCCUCGAGGAAACUGUCCUGGACAAGGACGAGUUCCUGUGCGUGAGGGGCGAGGAUGAAGGUAUGCUUUUCCUGAUUGUAAGCGGUUUCUGUACCGUCACGGAUCAUGAUGAAGACGACGAGGGGAAGACGGGCCUGCUGAAGGGCGACUGGGUUGGAGAGAAACAACUGGCCGACAUGGUGCCAGCAACAAGGACGGUCGUGGUAAAGUCCGAGAAGGCGACAGUCUUAGCGCUGGACAACUAUCACUUCGACUUGGUUAGGCAAGCCUCUCAGGACCAUACGGUUCUCCAGCAGGUCCGAGCGCUGAAUGGCAGUGCACAGGAAGUCAGCAACUGGCUGAAGAAGCGGCGCGCGAGCACCACACAGCGGCGCCCGUCCACCAUCAGCGAGCGCGGGGUGCCGCUGCGGCAGAUCAAGGACUUUGACACUGUUGGAGCACUGGGGGAAGGCAACUUCGGCUUAGUCCUCUUGUUGAGAGACAAGGAGACACGGGAAGAAUAUGCGUUGAAAGGUCUCAACAAACAACACCUUGAGCAGGAGAAGCAAGAAGCCAUGGUGAAGAACGAGCGGAAUGUCCUGGCUGUGCUGGACAGCCCCUUCAUCAUCCACAUGCACGGCUGCUUUCACGACAGCCACUUCGUGUACUUCCUCUUGGAAGUCGCUCUAGGUGGUGAGCUCUUCGACAUUUACAAUGACUACAAUCUGUGGGGUAAAGCGGACAAGGCACAGUUCUACAUUGCCUGUGUGGCUUUGGGCCUUUCGCACAUUCAUUCCAAGCACAUCGUCUGGCGCGAUUUGAAGCUAGAGAAUUGCUUGGUGAACUCACAGGGGUACGCGAAGCUGACGGACAUGGGCAUCGCCAAGAUGGUGACAGGGAAGACCUACACAGUAUGCGGUACCGCGGAUUACUUUGCGCCCGAAACACUGAAGCAGGUUGGGCACAACCGAGCUGCUGACUGGUGGGCCUUAGGGGUGAUGCUGUUCAUCAUGAUGGCUGGGCACAGUCCGUUCGAUGCGCCGGAGGUGACACAGAUCUACAAGAAUAUCAUUAAAGGUCUCAGUAAGGUACAGUUCCCCGCAGCUUUCCCGCCAGAGGCGGAAGAGUGUGUGCGCUCGCUGUGCCGAAAGAAACCAGAGGAGUGA